GCGCGCGCGUGCGCGAUCCAACGGGAAAAGAGGGGCGGUGUCGCAGGUGGUAACUGACAUACGCAGAGGCGAAGCUGAAGACAGAGACUCGAGAGGCUUCGGGAGGACAGGAUCGCAGUCGCAGCGGCGACGAAGCAAAGAUGUCGUAUUCGAGGUACAGGAGUCGUUCAAGGAGUGUGGACUCGAGUGAUGUUGAGAACCCUGGGAACAAUCUCUUCGUGACUGGUUUAUCAUCUCGUCUAACUGAUCGAGAUCUGGAGAAGCAUUUCUCUACAGAGGGAGAGGUGAUUGAUGCAAGUAUAGUACUUGAUCCAUGGACAAGGGAAUCACGGGGAUUUGGGUUUGUUACCAUGGCUACUCUUAAGGAGGCAGAACACUGCAUCAAAUAUCUCGACCGUUCAGUGCUGGAAGGUCGUGUCAUUACUGUUGAGAAGGCAAAGAGAAGACGAGGCCGAACCCCAACACCAGGAAGGUAUCUGGGCACCAAAUCAUCGCGUGGAAGGAGGUAUUCCCGAAGCAGGUCACCUGUUAGGAGAGACCGUUACAGCUCACGCUACUCGCCUGAGCGAGAACGCUCUUAUUCUCCUUAUCGCAGAGGACGAUCAUACUCUCGUCGUGACAGAUCAUACUCUCGUCGUGACAGGCGUAGAUCAUACUCCCCUGAUGAAAGGAGGCGAUACUACUCUCCCUAUGGCAGAAGGAGAUCAUACUCUCCUUCUGACAGGUCGGAGUCUCCCUACGACAGGCGUAGGUCCUACUCACCCUAUGACAGGUCCUACUCACCCCGCCAUGGUCAUCGCCACCGUUCAAGAUCUCCAUACCGUUACAGAAGGCAGAGGUCGCACUCCCACGACCGUUCUGUUUCAGCAUACUACAGCAGGCGCUAUUCUCCAAGGAGCAGAAGACGGAGCUACUCUCGCAGCAUAUCGCCACGCAGGAGCUACUCCCGCAGCUGCUCCCCGGUUUCAGAAGAAUCAAGGAGCUGUUCUCCACGGAAAGGAUGCGCCGGAAGCAAGCCAUCACGCAGCAGGUCACCUGGCAAGAGGCGUUCUAGAGAAAGCUAUGCUCACAGCCGCAGUUCAUGCUCCAGGUCCGUCUCUCGGGAGCGCUCAACCUCAGCAAGCACAUGAUGUUUUACGAAGCGCCUUGCCACCGUAUUUCCGUUGUAAUGUUGGAAUUUUAGUAACUCUGUUGUAAUGGUAUGAUCGUGCACCUGUAUUUCGUCAUGACUGUUAGAAUAAAUCCGAGGUACGUGAACGAUCCAUCGAGGAACAAGCAAUCACAGACAAUGACGACA